CUUGUUAAUGGAGGGGCUCUCCUAGAUUACCGAAAAAAGGAUGGAUCAACAGCUCUUCAUCGAGCUGUGGAACACAAAAAUUUGGAGGCCCUGAAGACUCUCUUGGAACUCGGCGCGUCGCCAAACUACAAAGAUAAUAAGGGCCUUACUCCACUGUACUACACCAUAACACUCAAUGUUGAAGCCACGUUUAGUGAAACUUUACUCCACGAUCAUGCCACAACGGGAUCUCAAGACGCUCAAGGGUGGCAGGAAGUGCAUCAGGCUUGCAAAACAGGUCUGCUCAACCAUCUUGAAAACUUGCUAUUCUACGGUGCCGAUAUGAACGCUCGCAAUGCCUCCGGCAAUACGCCUUUGCAUGUGUGCGCAGUAAACGGGCAAGAAUCCUGCGCCAGGCAGUUGUUGUUCCGAGGAGCAGAUCGGCAUGUUCUCAACUUCGCCAACCAGUCGGCAUGUCAAGUUGCUGUCAUCGCAGGGAAUAUGGAACUCGCCGAUAUCAUCCAGAAUUAUCGACAGGAAGAUGUCGUCCCCUUUCGCAACCCGCCUAGCUAUAACCCGAAACGCAGAUCGGCCAUUGGAUGGCUUCAAAGGGCACCGUCUCUGAGCACCCUUGCCCUUCCUCCGAGUCCUUGUCCCAGUGACAGAUCCUCAGCACCUUUCAGCUCAGCAAGUUCCAGUCUCAGCGAUGGCAGCGCUCUACCAGGAGGUGAGACUGACACGGCCAGCAUUGUCACAGUGUUCGCACUGGGUGUUGCAGAUAAGAGCCUGGGGGACACGAGCGAUAUCAUCAGCGACAGCUCAGGCGUCGGCACAGCCACCUCCGAUAAUACGAACUACACCUUGUGGAUGCCCGGCAGCACCGUCGUCUGCAUUGAGUCGUACUCUUCAAAGGAGGAUGGACACAUCAGUAUCAGGGAAGGGGAUAUUAUCGAAGUAAUCGCAGCCACAGACGAUGGAUACUUGGAAGGAAGAGUGAAAGCUGGUACCCGUCUCACGGGGUAUUUUCCAGUGUCCUGUGUGCAAGAAGUUCGGUUUCGACAUCAAAAUAUCCCAGCGCCUAUGAUGGUUGCGAAAGACCCUCGUCCACCGAGUCACACUGGAAAUAGAGUUAUCGGAAGGAGGGAAAGUACUUCGAACCACUUCGCUACAGCACCUCGAACGAAAAAAGGAUAUUCAAAUGUACCGGCCCAACCGAGAACAGUGGUCCUGCACAAAGGCAAAAAAGGUUUCGGUUUCAUCCUAAGAGGUGCGAAAGCUACCUCACCUUUGAUGGAACUGACUCCAACCCAAAAAUGCCCAGCACUGCAGUACCUGGACGAUGUCGAUCAAGGAGGAGUUGCAGACAUGGCGGGAUUAAAGAAGGGGGAUUUCCUGCUUGUAAUCAACAAUGAAGACGUGUCUUCCGCUUCUCACGAACACGUAGUGGAUAUCAUUAGGAAGUCUGGUGAUCUGGUACAAAUGACUGUUUUGUCAUUAGAACCACCCGUGGGUGGAUCAAUACCCAUGAGCAAGUCAACUAUUUUACCUGGAGGAGCAGCAGAUACACCUCCUAGUAGACAAUUUGCUACGUUGCCUAGAAAAAUGGGAAACUGCUUAGGUUCUUUGGGCAGAUCAGCUCAAGCACCAUUGCCUCCAAGAAGGGAUCCCAAAACUACUCUAAGUGUUGGGCGAGCAAGAGCGAAAAGUAUGGUGGCAGGUUUGGGGGGAGAAAAAGAUGAGACUGACGACAUGACGAAAUCGAGUUCGGCAGAGUCGAUACACCAAUCUACUCAGGUCGGUACUGCUAGUUCGGCUCCGGUACCGCCGAGAACAGCCUCGAUACGACAGAGGCCUACCUCGAAUAGAAUACCGCACUCCGCUCUGGAGGAGCUCUUCCAGAAGCAAAGGGAGAGCGACGGCGUUUAUCAGGGAUUGCUGAUGACGAGUUCGCGGUUUCAGAGUGGCUCGAAUACUCUGGGGUCACCUAGUAAAGGAAAGGUGUACGCCAGUGUGGCUGAGAUGAAGAGGAGCAAGAGCAAAAACCCUAAGGUGAAGUUUUCGGAAAUAUUCUUUGGUGGUAAAGAAUUGAAGAGGAACUUCCAUAGCACGCCGGAUUUAGUUCAGGAAGCAGCGUUCUUCAGCUCUCAGACGUUACCGAGUAAAUUCCAUAGGAGUCAAGAAGAUAUUUCCGCUCUCCUGAUGAACAGAUCUCUACCACCCAAUCAUCCUCCUCCACCUAUACCACCUCAUGUUCAAAUGAUCAAAGUUGACGUAUCUCGGGGAAAACAUUCUGAGUACGAUACGUUGAACAGGGAUUUACUAGAAGAAAGUGUGGUAUCUUCUUUUAAACCCACUGCAAAUGCCAAGUUGUAUGCGUCACCUGAAGAUAUGAAAACAGUUGGUUACCGAUCCAAGAGCCUACCAUCCCAUUCAUCUAAAUCUCAAAUCAGGAAGUCGCAGAGUUUGAGAACCAAUAUAACAUUCCAACCAGGAAUAACCAGCAAUACUUCUGCGAUCCCAGAAAACCAGAAUAGUAAUCCAUAUGCCCAGCCCAUUCGAGCUUCUAGAUCCCAUUCUACAGGUUCACGAGAUCGGCGAAAAAAACUACCGCCAACUAAAACAGCACCAAAAAUUAUGAUACCUAAUUCACCACCAAUUCCAGAUCCUGAUUACAGCUGCAGUGAUUCUGAAACAGAUAUGGAUGAGACCCUAAGAAAUGAUAGCUUAGCAGCUAGAAUAAAUAGUUUGCAACUACAACCAACAGAAAACAGCGGCAACAGUAAUACAAGUGGCAGCAGUUCGGGAAGUAGUUCGGUUCCGCAUAGCUUCAGCGUGGAGGAAAUCCGAAAGGGAAGGAUGUUACUGAAGUCUUCGAAGUCCUAUCCGGACAAUCUGCUGAAGAAACAGAAGGAAUCUGAUGUCGUGGAAGAUGGCGACAACAGUUCUUCCGGAGUGAGUUCGGAUCAAGAAAUCACCACUGGUGCCAGUUUGGAUUAUAAUGAAAGGAUAAGUUCUGAGAAUAACAGUAUGACAUUACCUUCCACUAAAGGGCAACGGCCGCAAACGGGUAUGCUCAAACGUCAUGCAAUUUCUCUAGCUCAGCUUCCACCACCAAUCGAAAACGACGACGAGAAAGAAGAUUUCUGUUUACCCCCGCCGCCAGAGUUCGGCGAAAACAAUCCUAAUUUCAAUGAAGUAGUAGUGGCACCGCCUCCUCAGUUCAGCGAUCACCGCCAAGUGACCAAAGUGAGAAUAGUAGGAGCCGUUCCUAAAGGGACGGUAGUCAAUUCGCAACCAAAAUUGAAGCAAGGUAGACUACAUAGUCAGUGAUUUAAUGGUUGAUAUGUGUUGUUUUUACAAUAUUCAAAAAAAAACUUUUUUACGAUUUAAUACUCAAUUUUGAUAUUUGAUAACAUACAGUAUUUAAGUAUUGUCGAUUUGUCCAUGCAGUGAAGUUCCUCAGAUUACGGGUUGUGACGUUACUGGAGUUGGGAUAUACCAUAUAAGUCAGUUUCUAAGUAAAUACUACAAAAAUUACAGAAGCAGUAGUGACAGAUAAAUCGAUGUAUAAAAAUAAAAUCAAAGUUUUUGAAAUCUACCUAAUCGACAUCAAGAAAAACACAUCUAUCUAUCCUUAAGAUGAAUGCCCACUAAGUUUCAGUUCUACACCAUUUGUUUUUGAAUUCAAAAAAAAAUUAGCAAACCCCAUCCUUUGCAGAUUUUUUCAAGAGAUUAUUGAGUGAGCCACACAAUGGGAGACUUCUCUGAAUGGUGUCAACCAAUUAUUUAUGUAGAUCUUCAGGAAGUAAAAUUCGACAAUGUUUACUUUUAUUCAAUAGAAAAUGUAUCAGUGAAUUGAAUAAUGUUGAUUCUACCUUUUCUAGAUUCAAACCUUUCAUAUUAUUGGGAUAAAAAGUAUUUUAUUUUUUGGAGGUGAAGUCGAAUAUAGGUUAGAGAUAAUAACUUUUGUCUAAUUUACACUAAGAUUUUUAUUUGUUAUGACGGGUAUCGGUUUAUCAAACUAUUUGUUAUCGGUCGUAAAAAAUAAACAUCUUAGUAGAAAUUAGACAAAAGUUAUUUUCCCCAUCCUGUAUUCAAUAUGAAUUUCCACAAAAUAAAUAAGUCAUCAAUAAAGCAAGGUUAGGUUGCCCAUUAUACGUUCAUCAAUAAAAUUAAUUACCUUUCAUUUAGUAUAACUGCUGUCAUUAUUUCCUAAAUUUCAUUUUUAUAUUUUCAUCUGGGUAUUUAUUUAUCAGAUAGGUAUUGGAUUGAACUGUGUUGAUAACAUUUUUCUUCAGUUAAUAUAUAUUCGAGAGCCUAGUGCCGACUUUUUUUUCCGAACAUUGAAUUACUUUUUGUGAUACUAUAUUCAAUAUAAUUAGAUACCCAGGUCAGCGCACUAGACACAACAGAAAGACGAAAUAUUCACUUUAGUUUUGAAACAAAGAUAAAAUAAACAGUUUUUGAAAGCAGAAUAAUCUAAUACAAAAUAAUAAUUUAAAGUACCUAAUGAUAACUCAUACAGAAACCAAAAUUACAUUUGAUUAAUUGAAACAGGGAAAGUUAAUUGAUAUUGUGAAGGUUACUGUCAAAUUGUUCACUGAAUGUGGUUAAAAAUUGUCGAAUUUGAAUUUGCACGAAAAAUCUAGCACAAUUGAGAGAAAACCCUCAUACCCUUCAUAGAAACUGCAAAAAUCCAAAUCUGUUUUUUAGAAAGAAAAUAUUCUUCUCCAUAUUGUUAUUUCGGGUGAAUAAUUUCUGGAAAUGAACCAGUCCACAAUCUGGAUAAAUGAAGUAUUUGACAUGAUUUUCCUAAGAAAAUUAUCAAUGAUUUUUUUAAGGCUCCACAGUGAUAUUAAUUUUGGAUACACUAUUUCAAUUUUAUUUAUGCUACAAUUCUCUUUCUAUCAAGACUGGUUAUCCCACUUCACUGUCGUCGUCACCCUAAAAGGUCCAAUUAAAAUGAAUAACGAAACUACCUAUUGAAUGUAUUUAUGUAGACCUAUUUCUCUUUGUGAAUCCAUUUUUUGUGUGGGAACACAGACCUGAAUAAAAAAGAAUUGAAAAAAAUCGA